AUGGAGAUCCAGUACGCAACCCUCAACACAUAUCAGUUUGAGAUCAGGCUUCUCACAGUCGGCCCCGGAAAGGCUGCGGAUGAGCUGCGCUGCUCGCUCUCUGUGGUGUCCUUGAACACGAAUCCCAAAUAUGAGGCCCUUUCGUACGUCUGGGGCGAUCCGUCCAUCACAGCCAAUAUCACAGUGGACGGGACCUCGCAUCCGGUCACUGCGAACUUGAAAUAUGCACUCUGCGCUCUGCGGGGGCUUUCAAAGCCGCGAAUCAUUUGGGUGGAUGCGAUCUGCAUCAACCGGGAGGAUCUCGUCGAGAAGAACAAUCAGAUCCCGCUCAUGGCAAGGAUCUACUCUGCGGCCUUCAACGUCGUCGUGUCCCUUGGGCCGGGCAGCCCAAGCCUGGAUUAUUUUGCGCAGUGGGCGGAUGCCCAUCAUUCAAAAAGGCCCUUCUCAUUUCGUUGGAUCCAGAGGAACGUUCUACCGGGACUCACGCCUACGGCACGGGCGCAGAAGCGGAUACGAGACGCCAAGUUCUUGAGAUCAGAGAUGUCAUUCUGGAAGCAUCAAUACUUUCGGCGCAUGUGGACGGUCCAGGAGCUUGCCCUGGCCCAUAAACCGCCCAUUGUUUUCAUCGGGCAGAAGUCGGUUCUUCUCACGAGAGCCAAUGACGAAUGGGUGUCGCUGCUUGAGAAUUGCGAAAGCGCUUAUGCCAAAGUCUCUGAGAGCAGAUUUGUUCGCCUCAGAUCCAAAGAGGAGUUCAAGAAUAUCCUGGAACAGGUUCAUGCUAUGAUGGAUCCGCCGGCGCUCCGAGAAAGCACCAUCACGGCUUCUCCACACCUGGUUCAGAUAUUCCCUAUGCAACUGUCUUCCACGGCGCACCGGGAUUGCUUUGAUCCUCGGGACAGGAUCUUCGCGCUGUACCCCUUGUUUCCUGAGCUCCAGGCAGUCUGCCCCGCCGAUUAUCGAAAACCACCUGAGCAGGUUCUCAUGGAUACCUUGACUUAUAUACUGGAGCACCACCCCAUGUUCUUCUCCGUCAUCCAUACAUGGCCGUUGAGACCGCACAGGCUGGAGGAUGAAAGCUACCCAACCUGGCUGCCUGACAUAACUGGGCGCCAGCCUGCUGGUGUCACAGGUUCGGGGUUCUAUGAAGGUGCCCGGCAUGUCCGUUCGAGGCCGGUAAUCGACAACAACAUUCUGUUUGUUGAUGCAUGGAUGGUUGGCAAAUGCAAAGUCGUGCUCCGUUUCGAGGACAGCGCAGCGAGGAACUUGGAUACGAUGUUCCAAUAUCUGGACGGAGUAAUGGAAGCAUCACUCGAAUAUGAGUCUUGGGGCAUAAGAGAGCUGGAUGGGACGAAGAUACACCGGCGCAUUGCUUACGCCUGCUACUAUCAUGAUCACGUCGGGCCACCAGAAUUUCCGGAGGAGGAAUAUCACCAAAUACAGGCAGAAGUUGAGGCUCGGGGCGCUGAAAAUCUCCCAUGGCAGCGCCUGCCCAAGUCGCUGCAGAUUCUCAGAGACAAAGCAGAGCGCCUGGCCGGCAAGGUCCUUUUUGUUACCCGUUCUGGCCUGUUUGGGAUCUGCUCGGACUUGAUUGAGGAUGGGGAUUACUUGUUUGUCUCGCCCUCUCUGUAUCAGCCGAUGCCGCUCCGGAUCCGAGGUGAGUAUUGCGAUGGGAACGAUAGGCGAUAUGCGAGGCUUGUUGAUUUUGCCUUUGUCGACGGUCUGAUUGGGGAUAGCAAGCAUGAUGCUGUCCUGAAAUUUGUUGAGUCGCAAAAGCUUACGAGGCUUCGAAUUGGAUGA